CGCGCGGCCGUUAGCGCCCCUCAGCGCCCCGCCCCCCCCCUCCCGCCUGCCCUGAGGGGAGCCCCGGGCAGGAGGGACCCGUGGGGGCUGGAGACGGGGGUCUGGGGGUCCUCGGGGGCUCUGCCCGCAGCCCCCCGGCGGCUGCUGCUCGCGGUGGUCCCCUUAGGUGUUAGUUCUCGUCAGGGUGGGAGCCGCAGGGGUAGCAGAAAGUUGUUUGUGCCUUUAAUCGAGUGCCGCCGCCUCACGGGGUAACGGCCGGCGGGAUGGGGCUGCUGCUCCCGUUGGUGGCAGCGCCGUGCCCUGACAGCCUGGCGGGGCAGCGGGCGGCAGGCUCGCCGGGAGCGUGGAAUAGAAGAGAAUCCUUGGACUGAUGGGACUUCUUCCUUCUGCCAUUGUUGUCCGGAAUUUUAAAAGUUGUAUUCUUAUUCUUCUAAAGUUUUGGGAGUCCAGUCAGAAAAGCUUGGAUCAUUUAAGUACUUUUAGCGGACACAUGGGAAGUUCAGAUCAGUUUGCACAGGUGCCUAUCCUGUCAAUGGCCAUUCUCUCCAGGCCUAGAAGCUCCAAGUGAGAUCCACAGAGAAGAAUCAUGUUAACUUCCCCUCCCGUCCGGUGGCAUUGAGUGUAACAACAUUUUGCUUCCAAAAGAGACAUCUAAAAGUCUUGGGAAGUGAGCUGUAUGGGAUGGAACAUGAGGCUACCCAGCUAGAAAAGCAGCAUGUGCAUAGUGUGUAUGAAAAUACAGCUGCUUACUUUAAUGAUCUGCAGAGCAAAGCAUGGCCUCGUGUUAGAAACUUUCUGUUGGAACAAGAGCCUGGCAGUCUCAUUGCUGACAUAGGUUGUGGAACUGGAAAGUAUCUCAGUGUCAACAGUCAGGUGUAUACUCUCGGCUGUGAUUACUGUGGACCACUGGUAGAAAUUGCAAGGAAGAGAGGCGAUGAAGUUCUGGUAUGUGACAACCUUAACCUUCCCUUUAGGGACCAGUGCUUCAACGCAGUCAUUUCCAUUGGAGUGAUCCAUCAUUUUUCAACUAAACAAAGAAGGAUCAAAGCAAUAAAGGAAAUGGCAAGGGUAUUGAUGCCUGGAGGCCAGAUGAUGGUUUAUGUUUGGGCUAUGGAACAAAAGAAUCGUCGCUUUGAGAAACAAGACGUAUUUGUUCCCUGGAACAAGGCCUUGUGCUCACGGCAUUUUUCAGAAUCAAAUCAAUCUGGAGAUAAGGGUGAGUUUGUGCAUGCUGUGAAAAGCCAAGAUAUACACCCUGCAGAGCUAGUCAUCUCUGAUUGCAGCUACCAAACCACUCUGCAGACAGAAACUAAUUCGAAACAUUCCCAAAAUACGGACCAUUGCUUAUCCAGAGCCUGCUGCAUGAAAAUUUCGGAAGAAGAAAAUAGAUUUUACAGUGCUCUAGGAAGAUCUCUCCGGUCAUGGUUUUUCUCCAGAUCCCUUGAUGAAUCAGCCAUGAGGAAGCAAACUGAAAAACUGAAGCCUCUGAAGAAUGAAGGAGAGUGGACAAACAGUACCAUGCCCAUCCAGCAUUCACGGCACUGCAGUUUGGAUUUAGGUCACCAUGGGGCACUGUUGAAAGAACAAAGUUUAGAUGAUGAUGAUGUGUUUGUAGAAAGCUCGCCUAUCAAAAAGCCACCGUGGUCACCAGCCACAGAUGCACUGAAGGAUUUGAGUUUAAAUGGAGGACACCAAAGCGUAGCUCAAAGCAAGAGUGAAGAAGCUGCAUUUAUAAAUGGUUCAGUGGAAGACAGGGACUACAGCUGCAUUUGUAAUAAAGAUAAUACUGUUAAGUCUAACGCCAGCAAGUUUUUCAAAAGAACUUCAACAACCGAUUCCACUGAUUCUGCUUUAGAUUCAGCAGUAUCUGUUGGGGACCAAACUGUUGACGCAUUGGAUACAAAAGCCUUCAUGCGUUAUUAUCAUGUUUUUCGGGAAGGGGAGCUGUGCUCUCUGAUAGAAGAGAACGUGCCUGAGCUUCUGAUACUUUCUUCCUGCUAUGACCAUGGAAACUGGUGUAUUAUUGCAGAGAAAAGAGGAAAAUAACUGUAAAAAGAACAAAACAGAAUUCAAUGACUGAGGAUUUUAAGCUGCUCCUUGUGUUCCUGUGAUUGUGCAAUCUGACGUGGAAUUUGAAUCCUUUGUAGUCACGUGCCAUCCAUUUCCUAUCUAUGUAACUAUCUGAUGCAAGGCUUGUAUAUAGGAAUGUAAGUGGCAAACGAUAUUUAUGUUUUGUUAAACUUUUAUGAAGUUAAAACCAGAAAGUUUUAUAUUGCUUUUAGCAAAUAAUUGUGUUUUUAAAUAUACUUUUAUAUUGAAAAAUAAAACUUUUUUAUAAGACAAGGAAAGGAUCAGGGCAUCUUUUAUGAGAAAUAGCCUCUUCGUAGGACAUCUACGCUUUGCUCUUGGAAUGCUUAAAACAUGUCACACUACUCCCUGUUCUUAAAGCCCUAUAAAUAGAGACAUAGGCACAUUUUAAAACACACUUGACUGUAUACUGCUUGAGUGCAUGCUGCAUAACUGGGAGCAAACAUUGUCCCAGUGCUGCUUAGUUUGGAGUAGAGUUGUUAGUGGGCAAAAGCCAUGUACAAAGCAAGCUCUGCAUGUUCUCUUAUUUGUGGUUUGUAUUUUGGAGCAAAUGACAGAAUGGAUUUUGAACAAUAAUUUGGACUUUUGUUUUGAAAACAAUUUAAUUUGCGUCUCAGGUGCAGGUUAAGUUUUGCACGUUAGCUCUCACAAAUACUUUAUCUUAAUUUCCUUUGCUGCAGGUCUUUGCUGGUUAUUUAUACAUAGGAGGCAGAGGGAUUAGUGAGAGUAGCAGUAUUCUGUAAAGGUUACAAAAUAUCAAAUAUUUGAAAUACAUAUAUCUUUUUGAUAAGCCUGGGUAGCUAAGAUAAAUAAUACUUGAUAAGAUUAAUAAAAUCCCAGUGCACAUCUGGUCAACUGUCAUAUUUGCUCUGCUCAUUCACUGACAUGAGAAUAUAUACUCAAUGGUGUGUCAAAUAAUGUAGAUAGGAGGACGAUACAAGUCAAGUUUGUAUCUAAAAUAUAACAUUUCCAAGCUAUGUUGUGUAAGUAGAUGGGUUUUGGAUGGAAUUUUGGAUUGGAUGGAUUUUGGUAGAUGGAUUAAUUUAUUUUUCAGUAGAAAGUCCUAAUGAUACUGACUAUUUUUAGAUGUGGCUGCCCAGGAGUAAUUACUGCAUGGUAAUGUACUAUAGAUUUAUUUACUGGAGUGUUGCCUGUAGAACAAUCAUUUUUGUCUUCCUCAUAGCUUGGGAUCCUUAUGCUUUAUCCUUCCUAGGUCUCUACCAAGUGCCAGAGGCAAAUCCGUGCAUUCCCUACUGCCUUUUGAAAAAAAAAAACACCAGUGUGGUCAAAGAACCAUGCAUUGGACAAUUUUGAAAUACUAUUCCACUGUGUCUGAGCCUUACUUCAGAGCAGUGGCAAUAUUCCCUGCAUCGCUGGGUCCAGCUGCUCCCUGAGCACAGCUCAGGGGCUGGUCCUGCUGCACCUUCAAGCUCCCAUUUUAGAAGCACAGUGUGAAAAUGCCCAUGCAGGCGUAUUGCAGAGCCAGAAUGGGUCGUGCUCAGCUCCACACCUCAUCUGCAACAUCCUCACAUCUGAACCUCUAAACCUGAGGUUUACCUCAUUUGCUGGAAAUUUUUGGAGGAGAUUGAGCAUUUAGAAGCAAACUCAGUUGCUUCCAUAUUAGAUAUAUAGGGGAUAUUCAGCAUCUCUGGAAUCUGGGCCAUAUGUAGGAAAGAGGUAGUUGGUGAUCAUCUUGUAUCCAAUUCUGAAAGUUUGUUCUUAAACUCCAACAUGCAGAAUUUCCAUUCCAAGCAUAUAUGAAAUUUUUUAUUGAAAAUUAAUAAUCUAAACUGACAGAGAGGUUUAUUUAACUGGGAGAAUCAACUUUAAAUUUUGUUAUCUGUACUUCUACAUUCUACCUGUAUAUUAUUCAGUGUGUAAAUAAGCAGGCUGGCAAAAUUUGGCGUAAAUUAAGAAAAAAAAAAAAAAAGGCUUCCAUUCUCUUUACAAUGGAGACUUUCUGCCCCUGUAAAAUGCUGACUGUAUGUUUCAGGCUCUACUAAAAACUUCCUGCUCUAUCAGCUGUAUGAGUUAAGAUCUGUCAGCUCAAAGCCACUAAGGUACUUUAAAAUGCUUUUAUGUUUUUUACUACCCUGUGUAGUUUGGGUUGAGAUUCUUGACUGAGGAUACUUUUCACAAUUAUUUGUUUCUGUAUUUCCAUUUUUCCUGUUCUGAGCUGAUGUCACCACGUUGUAUCACAUGAAAGUUUGGGCUGUAUUGUCAUAAAUUCCUUGGUGGGAUGCAUGUUUGGUGAACUGUUUUUCUUUUUGUUUUUUGCUGUUGGACUUGGUGAUCUUUCUAAGUCCUUUUAACUGUUCUGUUGUAUUCUAUUUGUAAAUUUCUCGUUUUCCUCUGAGAAUGUAUAGUCACCAAGUAACACAGUUUUUGAAGAUAGUCAUGAACCUCAGGUCUGCCCAGCAGGGAUGUGAGUCAGGCCUUUAUUCCCAUGUUCAGUUUCCCAUCUACCCAUAAGAGCUGCCUAGCUUUGUAACAUCUUUAUCAUCUUCUGAGAAACCAGAUUAUCUCUCUCAGAGCAUGGUGACUGUCUCUUUUGAUUGGUUUCCCUGUUGAUGAGAGCCUUCUUAAUCAAAAUAUAAUUCCCAGAAGAAUCCGUGAGAUCCCAAUCUUUAAUAGCGUGCAUACAUCCUUAAUGUCUUCAGAGAGGCGUGUGUGCAAUUGAAAAAGUCUGUAACAAGUGAAUGAAUAAAUAAAUAAAUUCCAGUUGUCCCUAUGUGCUCAGCAAUGCCCAAACUACAACAUCUUACUGCUGUAAGGUAACGGGCAAAUGUAUUCUUGUAGUUCUUGUCUGAUUUAUGGUCAAAAUUCUCACCCUGUUUAUGGCAAUAUCAAGCCCAAUACUGACUUUAGUGGGCCAGGAUUGCUCCUAAGCUGCUCAUCUGCUCUUAAGUGGCACACAGAGAUGUCUUGAUUACAUGAGAAGAGAUGCCCUGUUUUUUUUUUUUACAAUUUAAUUUACCAAUAUUGCCAUCAGUCUGAACUGGCUGAACAAAAGCUGCUACUACGUUAACUCUUAUGCACUGUAAUCCAAAUGCACAAUUGCAAUCAAAAGGGUGCAACUGAACAGAGCUAUUUCUGAAGGAUUAAUACAAUUGCAACCUUUGAUAAAUGACCUUUAAUACAUAAAAUAUUUAUAUUAGAAGUGCAGAUGUAUUUUUUUCCUACUAAUGGCAACUAAUUUACUUUCUUCCAAGCUUGUGGUAUAGGAACUCAAAAAACACAGGUGAGGUAUGAAAGCUGUAAAUAUUCUAGCAGAUUUUUUUUCUGGUACAUAUCAAUAUACAAGUUACUUAUGUGCACACUGUAAAAUCAUACCCAAUGAAGAGCUGUGUAUGUUACACCAGCAGAACAGCUGUAGUGAACCACCUGGGUGGAUGCUGAAUAGAAAUAAUGGCUCUGACCCUGGGCCUCUCCUGUGCUGUGUCUCCGUCAAGCUGCAUUCGUGUCACCAUUGGGCUGUAUUGGUAUUGACAUUGUGUUGAACCUAGUGGUCUAGCCAUUUUCUUGCUCAGCACUUCGACAGGAUUUGUGGCUGUUUUAGUAUUCCAGGAAAAUGAAGUAUGUCAGUGUUAAAUAUAUGCAGUCGUAUAUCUAUUUUGUGAGAUCAGCAUUUCUUAUUCUUGAAGUAUAUUAAUUCUGGCAGCUACCCGUGAUUUUAUCUUCCGACCUCCUUGUCAAAAUCAUGCAUAGAUACUGCUCUGUAAUCAGCUCUUUGUCCGUACAUGGAACCUAUUAUCUAGCAUUUGACAGAAAAUAUAUCCUACUUGGUUCAAAUGUUAUUUCCUACAGAACUUCUGUGCUUUAAGAUUAGUUAAUAAAUAUAUUAGCCACUGGAAACUCUGUGUCUGGGAAAGUUCUUGAUGAAUGUUAAAUUUGAGCAGACUCUGUCAGUUCCAUUUGCUCAGUAAGAGGUGGACCACAUGGGGCACGAUGGGAUUUGCUAUGAAGCCAAGGACUCUGUCUUUGCUUUAGAUGUUCGUAGGCAGCCUAGCCGUAAAUGUGCUCAUUUGGACUAGGUAAAUAAAGGUGAUGAAAUGUGA